AUGGUGCUGCUCAACGACUCGAGUCUAUGGCAACCGUCAAGUGUAAGUCCAGAGAAAGCUACAACAUUUCAAGGAAUUGAACGAGGAUUCACUUGCUUUGGCAUGUUCUGUAACCUUGUCUUACUUCCAUUAAUAAUGUUCAAAUCGCCAACUGAUAUGGGGGUCUACAAAUUCCUCAUGGUGUACAUCGCCGUUUUUGAGUUAUUUUUCGGAUGGUUGGAGCUGAUGACUGUCACUAAUUUGUAUACCCAAGGUUCAUUGUUCACUGUCGUCGUUGAUCCGGACGAGGCAUUUCUUCCAGAUGGUUUACUCCAGAUUUCGUGCUUAAUCUACUGUGGAUCGUUUGCCACAUCAUUGGCCAUGUUUGGUGUUCAAUUUGCUUAUCGGUAUCAGGUGCUCAAAGGAAACUCUAUUUGGACUUCACGAAGCUCCUUCACAUUCUUUUUUUGGGGAAGCAUUCCUCUACUUGUUGCUCUUAUGUGGACACUUUCUUGUUCAAUCUAUUUAGGAAGAAAUGAUUAUGUAGUUUAUGCAAUAAGCCAACAGUCCUACCCGAUUUCCCUGGAAAACAAAACUGUCGGGUUUGUUGCAGUAUAUUUCUACCCAGGACUAGCAGAUGGAAGUACCACGAUCAACUGGGACUCAUUCAUCGGCAUGUCACUCUGUACUUGCAUUCUAUUUGGUUCCGAAUCUCUAAUGCUCUACUUUGCUCUAAAAUCCUACCUCGUCACAAAGUCCCUCAUGACUUCCGCUUACUCCGCAAACUUUCAAAAGCUUCAAUGGCAACUGUUCUACGCGCUCGUGUCCCAGGCUGUGAUUCCUAUUUUCUUCAUGCAAAUCCCACUUUCUGCAAUUUAUAUUACCUUGUUUGCCAACAUUUCUACACCAUUUUUCGGACAUCUUCAGGAAUUAACAAUUUCCUUCUACCUAGCCACUGAUGCGCUUCCCACAAUUUUCAUUAUAAAACCAUACCGAGAGUUUAUUUUUUCAACACUCCGCUGUUUGAAAUUAUGCAAAUCUGCCAACUCUGCAAACCAAGUGGGAACGCACACGGCCAUUUCACUAGCUGACAUUCCUUCUAGAUACAUCGUUUCAUCAUGA